GGAGGCAAUGGGGGAAUGCUGUGACAGCUGAAAAAUGAGCAACCAGGCAGUAAGAGAAGUUUCUGAAAGGAGAAGAGGAAUCUGCCUUGAAUGAAGAGGAUUUUAGCACCUUGGGCUGAGCCAAUAAACCUCUGCCAUCCCCAUCCAAACAGGAAUUGUUUGCACACGCUCCCGGAGCUGCUGAAGCAGGCAAGACACAAAGAGAGAAUAGGAUCAAGCAUGGUGUGGGGAGAAACCCCCCUGCGUGGACAGGCUGUGAGCAGAUCCCUGUAGAGACCCCAGAGGGACGGGGGGCUCACCCAGCCCUGAUCUGCCGGGCACGGCUGUGCCCCCGCCGCCAGCUCACCUCAUCCCAGAAGAUGCUGUGUCCUGCUGAGCACAGCAGCCCUCUCCACCCCUGGCAGCGAUCCUGGUCCCAGUGACACGGUGGCACCAUGGAGGCGCCUGGCCCCGUGGGAGGUGUGCUGGUGACUCUGCUCUGCUGCUGCCUCCUGAGCUCGGCCUGGGCUCUGGUCGAUCCCGAUGAUGUUCUCACGAAAGAAGAGCAGAUCUAUCUCCUGGUAGAGGCCAAGGAAAAGUGUCAGAGGGAUAUAAAGGCCCAGCUGGAGAAUAUCAAAGACGCCAGCUGCCCUCCGGAGUGGGACGGGAUCAUCUGCUGGCCAAGGGGCUCCCCCAGCCAGGAGGUGUCUGUGCCUUGCCCCGACUACAUCUACGACUUCAACCACAAAGGUCAUGCCUACAGGUACUGCAGUGCCUAUGGCACCUGGGCCAUGGCUCUCAGCAUCAACAAGACCUGGGCCAACUACACGGAGUGUGCCCUGCUCUUCUCCUCCGAGAGCCGCAGCCGCCAGAGGGAGGUGUUUGACCGCCUGCACCUCAUGUACACCGUGGGCUACUCCAUCUCCCUGGCCUCCCUCAUCGUCGCCAUCUGCAUCCUCUCCUACUUCAAGCGCCUGCACUGCACACGGAACUACAUCCACGUGCACCUCUUCACCUCCUUCAUCUGCCGGGCCCUCAGCAUCUUCCUCAAGGACCUGGUGCUCUACUCGGGCACCACGCCCAGCAACAGCAGCAGGACACGGGACGACGAUUUCAGGGGCCCCCUGUCAGGACAACGGGGCCACCUGGUUGGCUGCAAGGUGGUGGUGACUCUCUUCCUCUAUUUUCUGGCCACCAACCACUACUGGAUCCUGGUGGAAGGUCUCUACCUGCACAGCCUGAUCUUCAUGGCCUUUCUCUCCAACAAGAACUACCUGUGGGUGCUCAUCAUCAUUGGCUGGGGUGUCCCUGCUGUGUUCGUGUCCGUCUGGGCCAGCGUCAGGGCCUCGCUGGCCGAUACUCAGUGCUGGGACCUCAGUGCAGGGAACAUGAAGUGGAUUUAUCAGGUCCCUAUCUUGACUGCUGUUGUGGUGAACUUCUUCCUCUUCCUCAACAUCGUCCGGGUGCUGGCCUCCAAGCUCUGGGAAACCACCACGGGCAAGCUGGACCCCCGGCAGCAGUACAGGAAGCUGCUCAAAUCUACGCUGGUGCUGAUGCCACUCUUUGGAGUUCACUACGUGGUGUUCACGGCCGUGCCCUACACCGAGGUCUCCGGGCUCCUGUGGCAGAUCCAGAUGCACUACGAGAUGCUCUUCAACUCCUCCCAGGGUUUCUUUGUGGCUUUUAUCUACUGCUUUUGCAAUGGGGAGGUGCAGGCUGAGAUCAAGAAGGCUCAUUUCCGGAGGCUGCUGGCGCUGGACCUGGGGCAGCGGGCGCGCCCCGGGAGCUGCUGCUGCGCCGGGCGGGGCUCGCGGCCUGGAGUCUUCACCAGGAAACACCUCCGUGCUCACUCCUACCCCCACGGGGGCGAUGUGACUUCUCCAGGGCAGUUAAAGCCCAUCCCAGAGCCCCACCCUGCCUCGGACCCCCGGCCCAGCUCCAGCUCCAGCCUUGUCCAGCCCGAGGGAGCAGAGUGA